AUGGCAUACGACGAAUACACUCCGGGCCAUCUUACGGACGGAGAAUGCAAUUGGGACUCCCCGGACGUCCCGGAUGCAAGCAAUGCCGGCGUGUACGCGAAAUCUAACUCGCUCUACUGCGACGAAUACGAGGAGAUAUACCGCUCUCGAGGUUUCUCUCCCAUCUACGAAGAUCCCUCCCCAACACUGGACACGCUCCCCGGUCCUGACUCUAGUCCUUUAGGUCCGUUGACACCCUUCGGGGACUUCGUGGACAGAGCAGUCGCCGCCGGCGAUGCGCCUGUGGUCUUUCGUGGUGACAACUAUUGGACCGACGCUGGUCAGAUGUCACAGCAGUGCCAGCAUGGUUACUGCGAGAUGCAGUGCGGCUGUCAGCAGCCGGUUUCUUAUACCUGCGACGCCGCGCGUGUUCAACCUCCUCCUCCCACCCUUGUCAUUACCCCUACGGCGGAUUCAAGCUACAAGAAGUUGGCAGAGCCAUUGGCGGAAUGGGUCGCCCUGUAUGCUUGGAAAGUGUGUACCACGGGGAUGGACCUACGCCCCGUCUUCGUAGUGCCGUCCGGACACUCAAAGCAACAGGCCACCCUACCUCCUAGUCACCUCGUGGCGCGCGUGCGGUCUUUGCUUUUAUCGACACUCCUCCAGCCAUCUGCCGUAUUUCUGUCGCUGUGGUAUAUCGUCAAGUUCCCGGUCUUCUUCGGGCAGGUCACCAUCGGUCCUGAGUUUUUCCGAGAGACGCGUUUUAGAAUGGAACUGGAGAAAUUGCUCGGCACCGGGACUUACGCUGCUGAAAGGGGUACCGCGGAGCUUGAGGCGGCAUAUCGGGUAAUCUUGCUCGGAUUUAUGUUCGCGAAUAAAUGGUUGGACGACCAUACAUUUUCAAACAAGACCUGGCACUCCAUCUCCAAUGUCCCCAUCGUCGAGAUCAACAGACUGGAACUGCUCGCGCUGGACGUUCUCGACCACGAUCUUUCGAUAACUCCCCGUGCAUGGACAAAAUGGCUCUCCCAUAUCGCGGAUUACCACAUGGCACUCGCUGCCUGCAGUGGUCACCCUCAGCCCAUCGCGAGGCCCUCGAACAGCCCACACUCGAUCAUCCGCAAGACGAUCGAUGAGCUAGUACAGGCACCGGCGUCAGCCUGUGCUUCGCUCCAGUCUCACGACCAGUUGGCCAGUGGUCACCCGGAACCCGUCUUCCUGGGUUUGGAAGAACGCCAGCGCCGCAAAAUGGAGGAGGAGGAAGCGCGUGCGCAUAUGGAUGAUAUCGACCUUGACGAAGAUGGUCCACUCCGUCAGGAGUACCUGCCGAAGCGUCGCGUCGGCAGGCACAGCUCUCUGCGUAGCAAUUCUUCAGCAGAAAGCACCGCAAGUGUUCUAUCUGAUCGCUUCCUCCCUCCACCAUCGAAGUGGAGUCCUCAUGCCGACGAACCGUUGUCGCGGUCGAGGCCGGCGGGUAUGGGCCAGUAUCUUGCACCACUUCCACCGGCUGGCCAGGUUUCUGCCAUGCUCCCGCCUCCCGCCCCGUACCCAGCUCAGUAUCGAUCAUGGCCGACCAACGUGCCGUACCUAUCAGGUUACUCGUACGACCCGACGGCAUUUUACUCGCAGUCCUGUUGUCCCAUCGCCGACGUAGGCUAUCAUCAGCCUGACUCGUCCCAUGCGCGUCAUCAUUCCGUUCCCUACGCUCAUUACACAAUGGAGCCUCCUCGACUUGGUCAUGGGUAUAGUGACAUGCGCAUGACCGCGCGAGAGGAUAGUGCCUGUGCGGAAGCGCUGUGGUCUGGCAACCAUCACAGAUACAAUAUGUCGUACGGUCCGGCGUUCCUCCACUCUCAACCUCCCGUUCAUCUGCAGGGCUGGCUCCGAGCUUAG